AUGAAAGAAGGUGAAAAGGUGAGGAUGUUAUUUGUGAUAAGGCAUAAUCAACUGAUUAUUUUGUAGAUAACUUUUAAUCACUAGUUCUGCUUAAACAGAAAAACAAAAGCAGAUGUCUUUGUUUGAUGAACAUUUCAUGCCACCAUUUAUUUUAAUUAGAAAUCUGAGGGAUAAACAAGAAUACUAAAUCUUCAACAUACUUUUCAGAUUAAUUAUUCAGAACUGUCCAGGAAGUAUGGAGCAGCAGAGAGAAGUAAGGUGGGAAACAUGGUGGUGAAAGAGUUUCUUCAAACUAAAGGGGUGGAUGUGGCAAAGUUUACAGGUCCAAGAAAAAAUGCUCAGCCUGUGACAAGAAGACGCCUCAACCGAAUGUUUGGUGGUGAAAUCACAACACCUGUCCCCCGUACUAAUGCUGCCCUACAAGAAACCUUGAGGGCCAAGAUUAGGGCUGGAGAAUAUCGCUUAGGAGAGAUCAUUGCACCAAAACGCUACAAGAAGUUAAUGCUACAGCCUGACGGUACAUUAAAAACAGAGUAUUUCACAGUUAACAGAAGGAAGAUACCUUUGCUUGAGAUUCGUAAAGCGCUUUUGGAGGAGCAUGAGAAGGAGGGUCUUGUCAGAGACCACUCAGAUCCCCACUACAAUUGCAUGAGUGUGGAUGACAUAAAAAGUCGCUUAAGGGAGCUUGGAGAGCUGAAAAUAGAUGGACUAAGGGAGGAGUUAUUAAAGGUAUUAAAGUUACAUGAACGCACAAGACAUCUCAUGAUCUGGUCAGACCAUUCCAGCAUUAUGAACCAUGGCCACCUUCUGCUAACUGUAAAUGCAAUCUAUGAUCCUGCAUUCUACUACACUUCUGAAGAGCUCCAUGGGAAGAAUGUUCAGGAGUUAGUAGAGAAGCCUCACAUUUACUCUACGGCUAGAUGUAGGGACACCAUUGAAGAUCAGCUUUUAUACAGUGAAACUAGGCUGGAAGAAAUAAAUGAGCUUCGAAAUCAACUUUUGUCCUCCCAAAAGGUCUCCAUUAGAGACAUUUGCAGGUUCUUUUAUGGGGAUCAUCCUUCGCAAGAGGUAGAAAGUGGAGAGCAGAUUGGUGGUGGCUUUGGGUGCUGUGGAUGUACUGGGGCAUCAGCCAGCUAUAUCGACCAUGUGGGUUCACUGAGGGAACCGCACAUUACCCUCGAAGAAAGAAGGAGAAAGGUACUGGAAGGCCCAGCUGGAAAAGAAAGAAGAAAUUGUGGAGUGCAUCCUUUCAAAAACAUGAGCAAAGAAGAGCUGAUAAGAGAGUGCAAGGGGCGGCACUUAUCGGUUGAUGGUUUACUAAAACCUGCAUUGGAAUCUAACUUGAAAGAAGUACUGAGGGGCAUACAGCGAGUUCCAGGACUUUGUUUCCCCCAACAAGAAUGCUCCUUACAAGAGCUCAGCUUAGGAAACUAUGAAGUGUUACCAGUAGAGCCUCUUCAUGACCUCAAAGAGCAUAUCAACAACAUACUUAAAGAACUACCCAAACACCUCAAUGAUGAAGAAAAAGUUCUAUUUGAUGAGACAAUGGAGGCAGUAUUUUCAACAAAAGAGAAGCUCCGAGGUUCAGAUUACCGCCUUUGCUGUGUUGUACUGGCCUUGCACCUUGGAAAACACUGCCGUUUAACAAUCAAAAGACUGCUGCACACUCUUGCAGAACUUUGUGAAAUGUUGUAUGCCCCAGCGGAGAAGCGCACACCAAGAUUUAUUUUGCGUUUGCAUAAUGUGACAUUUUGUCAUGUUAUUGCAGUCCGUAAAGUCUUUAAAAUCCCACAAGUGCUGACAUACAGGAAGCUGUUUGGAAUAUACUACCACAGCAUCACAUGCCAUGCUCCUCUUACAUCUCGUAUAAUUUCUCUUAGCUUAGUAGACACUGAAGAAGAAGAAAGAGAAUUCAGCACCAUAAAUUCCAUCAGCAAAUCAACCUCUAAUUGUCAUCCUGAGCACAUUAUUCCAAACAGUAUAAUAAGAGUUCAAGCAGAAAGAAGCUUCAGGUCUAAGAAGAGUGCCCUGACAGAUCAACAGUCAAAGAUUGGACAGUUUGCAAAGAACCUCCCAAACUUUCCUGACACCUCCAUUCCUAAUGAGCUCCUGGACAGUGAAAUCUAUCAGGCCCACCUAGAACAAAUCAGCGAUUUUCUUCUUUGCGGAAGGGGUGUUUGGUGGCAUGCAGACGAGGAAAGCAAGGAAAUCACAUUUCAUGACAGUGAAGAACAACCUGAAUUUCGAGAUGAAAGCCCUCCAAUUCACCACUUUCGCUCCUCUUCCUUCCAGAGUGAAAGGGAAUACCUCAAAGAGAAGUGGGUUGAAUGCUUGACUCGAGCAGAUUUUCAUUUACCAAUCAGAAAGGUAAAAGUUUAUGAUCCGGAUGGAAAUUUAACAUUCACAGAAUACUACAGAAUUUUCCUUGAGGAACCUUGGCCAGAAAGUGGAGGUGACCAAAGUGCAGACCAACUGAUGGUCUGUACUGCAAUGUGUGAUAAUGAAAAUGGAAACAUUCAUGACAAAGCCGAUGACUCUGUCAAUGAAGAACAGCUAGAGACUGAACAAGAAAUUUGCAAAGACCUCAGUUUAGAUGGAGACGAGCUAGGUGAAGACAUGAGUGAGCAGGAAAUAUGUACAGCAAAUUAA